UCAGAUAAAAAUAUUUUCGUACAAUUAUAAAUUUUGAAAAUCCGCAAGUAAAAGUGAAAAAAAACGGUUUAAGAAUGAGUCGGGUUAGUGCUUGGAAGGAAAUAGUUUCAACCAGUUUUCGUAAAGAAUACAUCUUUCCUGUAAAUUCAUCGAAAAACUGGUUUCCUGGACAUAUGCACAAAGGGUUAAAAGAUAUGCAACGGAGGAUUUUAGAUAUGGAUUGUGUCAUAGAAGUUCAUGAUGCCAGAAUCCCUUUUAGUGGAAGAAAUACUACAUUUAAGGAAACUAUCAGCGGUGCUCGGCCCCACAUCCUAGUUCUAAAUAAAGAGGAUUUGAUUCCGGCAAAGAAUCGUGCAGAAAUAAUUGACAAAAUUAAGGCGGUGGACCCUGUAAUAUCUGAAGUAGUGUUUACCCAAGCCAGGAACUCGCUCUGUAAAGGAAUGAAGUCAAUCUUGCCUAAAGCUAUCAAAUUGAUAGAGAAUUCUCCCCGAUAUCAUCGAGCUAGUGCACCGGACAAAACUAUCAUUGUGAUUGGUAUUCCUAACGUCGGGAAAUCAACUGUUAUUAAUCAACUCAGGAAAUUAGAUAUAUACUUUGAUCCUGAGCUAGGACUUAAAUCUCUGGUUGAUCCUGAGCUAGGACUUAAAUCUCUGGUUGAUCCUGAGCUAGGACUUAAAUCUCUGGUUGAUCCUGAGCUAGGAUAUAAAUCUUUGUUUAGAUCGGUUCAGGAGCGUAUACGGGUAUCAGACCGUCCGCUUGUUUAUCUUCUAGAUACUCCUGGUAUAUCUAAACCUAAUGUAAAGAAUAUGCAUGAUGGUUUGAAGCUUGCUGUCUGCAACACCUUAAACGAUAGAGUGGUGGGGGAGGAGUAUAUUUGUGAUUAUUUACUGUGGUUCUUAAACUCUCAUCAUUACUUUGAUUAUGUUGAUUAUAUGGGACUAAAACAACCAGAGGAUGACAAUAUUAUGAUGCUUGCCAAGAGUGCAUUGGCAGCUGGAAAAACAAGAAAGCAAACAACCCUGGGAACAUCUUCCAUAAUGCCAGAUUUUAAAUAUUCAUCCCAGUUGUUUCUGAAAGGAUUCAGAGAAGGAAAAUUUGGAAGAAUUAACUUGGAUGAGGAUCAGCUGAAUUUAGAAACUUUAACGCGAGGCAGCGAAUAAAGAGUGUUUACAAAAAGUGAACGAGAUGAAUAUGAAGAAUCAAGAAUUAACAUUUUCUGACGAGUUACAUAAAUAAAUUUUAACGUAAUUAUUCUUUUUUUAAUCAUUUGUUUGAAAAGUGCAUAGGUUUCCAAUACUAAAUUAA